AUGUCAAAAAUCGAUAGCAAGAGCAACAAGCGCAAGGGCGCAUCUGAGCCCAGCGUAACUACCAAGAAGGUCAAGACUACCGUUGUCGAGAAGCCAGCACCAAAGUCUGCUCUCAAGAAGACAGAGACUACCGCUACCACGACCAAGGCUAAGAAGGAGACCAAGGAGGAUGCACCUGUCGCCGCAACUGCCAGAACCACCAGAUCAACAAGAAAGCGUGCCGAGGAUUUCCUGGAGCCGGAAGAGAAGAUUGUGAAGAAGACGACUGUCAAGACUGCCCCUGGAAAAGUCGAGAAGACUACCGUUAUCGAGGCUGCAAAGCCCGAGAGCGCUUCAUCAAAGGUCUCAAAGGCAAAGGCAAAGGCUGGCCCCAAGCCUGUUGUUGAGGAGGAGGAAAUUGCUCUCGCCAACGAGUCAGACAGCGAGGCCGAGGCCGAAGAGGACGACCAGACUGCCGCUUUACUUGCAGGCUUUGAGAGCAGUGACGACGAGAACGACCCGCAAGACGAUGGCAUUGCCCUGGAAAAGCUCCCUGCUGUGCCCAACAUGAAGGAGGUCCGCAAGCAGUUGAAGGAAGCCCAGCAAGACGACGAGAACACACCCGGGGUCAUCUACAUUGGACGUCUGCCGCACGGUUUCUUCGAGGCGCAAAUGCGCGAGUACUUCAGCCAAUUCGGCGACAUCACCCACUUGAGAAUGGCACGCAACAAACUCACCGGUCGCUCCAAGCACUACGCUUUCAUCGAGUUCGGAUCUGCCGCAGUCGCCGAGAUUGUAGCCAAGACCAUGGACAAGUACUUGCUUUUCGGCCAUCUUCUGCAGGUCAGACGUAUCCCCGCCGAGCAAGUCCACGAGAAGCUAUGGAAGGGCGAGGGUGGAAGAUUCAAGGUCAUGCCGCGCAACAAGAUUGAGGGCGGUAUGCUGAAGAGAGGUACCACAAGAGAGGGCUGGGAGAAGAGAAUCGAGAGAGAGACUGAGGCCAGAAGCAAGAAGGCUGCACAACUCAAGGAGUUGGGAUACGACUUUGACAUGCCCGCUCUCCGCGAUGUCAAGGAGGUUCCCACCAAGGAGACACGUGAGGCUGAAGCCGCACCUCUGAUCACCAGCGCCGACGUGACUGCUGUCUUGAACAAGCAAGAAGAGCAACCUGAGGUCAAGCAGACCAAGAAGGCGGCACCUGCAGAAAAGGCAGGCGCCAAACGUGUUAAGAGCAAGGCAGACGGCAAGAAGGGAUCAAAGAAGGCAAAGGUUUCGGCAUAG